AUGCCAUUUCGCAGUAAUAAGCCAGCAAGACUGGAGAAGCCACGAACUAAUGACAACUCUGGCUCGAAACCCUCGCCUGCCAGACACGACGAUGCCGACGAUACGAGCCUACGAAGCCCCAAUCGAUAUUCGAUCCAAAGUCUAUCCCACCAGCAGUUGGUCACACGGCAACGACAGCUGCUGUUGAGACAGGCCAGUGACAACUCUCCGUCUCCCAAGAAUGGCCAGGAUCGAUUGGGUCGAAGUGCAAUCAACGAGAACGACCCUUAUGGAGACCCAAAGGCUUCGACAUCGACUGUCAAUACCAUUGUCAACGAUAUUGAAGCCAGGUCGAGGAUCGAUGUCGAGCAAGCUAUUGGCUUGCUGCAAGAGUUGAAGAAGACUGCUUCGCCAGAUGAAUUGGUUGCAUUGCACAGGGCAUUGCUCCCUGUCAAAGAGGACACCCCUCCACCGGCCUCGGCACUGCCUUCGAUUGAAGAGAGAGCAUACACAUCCAUACCACCAGAUAGGAGACGGUCAGUCAUACCUCCGGGCUUGGCAACUCGCAGCGGCAGCUCGGACGACAUACUGCGCAGACCGUCUGAUCCCUCGUCGGUCCCAACUCCAAAGAAGCCGCAAAGAGAUACUUGGAUGUUCGAGACCCCAAGAGAACAACGCAGGAACGACUCACCCAGCCGUCUGAGCACUCGAUCAGAACAGGCAUACUGCCAUGCUGGAGCCUUCGCAUCCGGAACGCUACGCAUAACGAACGGCGCAGCAUCACCAGAGCCGAGCAUCAUCUCCAAGCUAGCGCUGGAGUCCAACGAUGUUGAAGAAGAGGGAAAGUCUAAGCACCCUGCCAGCGCUGUGGACGCUCGAUCAAGCCUCCAGUCUCUCAGAGAACGAAGAAGUGAGGAUGCCGGAUCCACGCGGUCGUAUCGACUCUCUGUCUUGGACCACCAAAGCUCAGAGACUCUUCGACCAGCUGGCCCUCGACCUGGAUCUCUGGAUUUUCAUUCACGGCAACAAUCCAAAGUGCGUGCAGAACUUCGUCUCGACCCUCCUCUGCAGCGACACAGCUUCCAGCAUAUCCCUGACUCUCCCGCUGAAGAUGCCCCUCGCUUUCAGCAGAGGUGGAGUCACCGUGCCGCGUUCUUGUCCCAGGAGUAUGCUCUUGACUGCGACAUUACUGAGAGUCCAUACGAGGAGAAGAAUGGUCUCUCCGAGUUUGGUAACCGACUUAGCACUGUACACGACGACGGUGAGAGUGAGUAUGGCGAAUAUGCAGAAGUCGAUCACAAUUCUCGUGCGGAUGCGUUAUCCAGGCUCACCGGUGUGUUUGAAGGCGAAGCGACUGGAGCCGAAGACGACAUUGGCACGGCGCGAACCAGUGAUGAAGCUAAACCAUCUUCCCAACAAGAUGAGCCCACCAUGAUGCAGGACAAAGUUGUCCGCAAAGUCGACAGUGGCUACUGCUCCGAUGCAUCGACCUCGCCUCUUCAGCGAAAGUCUUCAGCAGAGGCAGGAAAGCCCAGAAUUGCAAGUGCAAUUCAGGAGCAGCCCAGCAGCCCACACCAAGGCAGUGACCAGUACGUCACAGAUAGCGACCUUCCUGCUGACUCGCGUGGAUCAACGAACGACACCAGCAGCCUUCUGACCUUUGAGGAGAUGGUCACCUCUUCUCCUCAAACUGAUGCGGCUUGGAACACCUCGCCUUCUCAAACCACCAAGAAGUCACCACUUUCCCUGUUCAAGUCGAAGUCAAAAGCCACCAGGAAGAGCAGCUUCAACGUGUUGAACGUGUAUCAUGGCGAUCGACCCAGGACGAGUGAUGGCUCGGACGCUGCAACAUUCGCGGAGCCAUCACCACCGCCGUCGAGAUCAGGACCAGCCGACAAGCCUUCGAAGAAAUUGCAGAAGCCCAUGCCUGAGUCUGUUCGACGCCAGAGGAAGAAGACCAUGGAAGAUCUGAAGGCAAACAUGUCUCAGCACUCGCCCACUGUUCAGAACCUCUUGGCAGAUGGGACCGCGACACAGGAAGACUCAGAUUGUUUCAUCGGCUGCCAACCAAAAGAACCUGUCGGUGAUCGCGAACAGAGCCAGGAGCAAGCAAAAUCACUAAGGCACCGCAGCAAAAGCUUCGUAGGCAGGAAGCGAAGCAAGACUGUUGGCGAAUCUGAAGACAUGUCUGAGCAGCCUUCAGCCUCAUCAGGCCCAUCUCGCAAGCGUAGCAAGAGCAAUGCCGACCACACUGCACCAAUACCAGUGCGUGCUAACGAGGAAGCAGUUCCCAGCAUGAACUGUCUCAAAUCCCAUGAGUCCGAGACUCCUGCUCGAGACCGACCGGUACCCGCGCACGCAGACUUUGCUUCGGUUGCGCGUGCGCUGCAGUCCCAUCCUCCAGAUCCAUCACCUGCAGCGCGUCGCAGUGCUCCUGUGCCUAAACGGUCUUCGAUGCAGCGAUAUUACUCGCUUCACAAGAUCGACAUCCCUGUGCAAGAGCCGUCUACGGCACAAGACGAUGGAGCCAAGCAGGAACCCGAAUCCAACGUUCAGGCUCAAGAGACUCCGCACGCUGUACAGGACGAGAGGACAGUGACUGAACAACGCCCAGCUCUCCCGUCCCACCACACAUCUGCCAGCGUAUCCUCAAGCGCUCUCACAACACCAGUGGCCGUCGGAUCUAGUUACUCCGUGGAAGAUCGGUUCCCUGGCUGGCAAGGCAAACCAGCUUCACCAAAUGCCACGCCGCCUCAGACUCCUGUGCACAGUCCAUCAUCUUCAGUCUCGUGGCUCUCGCUUCGAAACAAUCGAUCUCAGAGUGCGUUACCAUCUGGAAUACCUCCACUUCCAGAAUUGCCAGCCGACAUCGCAGCAAAAGUGUCUCGAGCUGAUCAGAUGGUCGCGAAGAAGAUGAGGUUGAGUCCACGCAGUUCACCAAGUACGUCCGCUCGCAAUAGUAUUGACAGCGUGGACACCAGGAAACAAUUACUCGCCAGGAAAGCGGAGGCUCGUAAAGAGCAGGAUGAAGAGCGCUCCAAGGAAGCCAGGCAAGCUGCUCUUGACAAACUCAACGUGCCAAGAGAGGAAGACGAAGACGCUGCUGAUAGACCAGCAGCAGACAGAGCGCGCUGGAGUGUCGACGGCAGCAUCCAGCUACCCAGACCUGAAGAGCAACCGCUUCCUGCAUCUCCUACGCACGACUCACAGCAUCCAGGUUGGCCAGGUUGGGAACAGCAGUCUAGUCUGUGGCGGCAGAGGAGAGAAGCACUUGCUCAGUCGCUUGAUACAGCUGACCAGGGUCCUAUCGAUGAAGUACCUCAGCAGACCUGUGACUCGCCGUCAACGCCGGGCAUUGUCGUGUCUCGUUACAUCACCCCUCUCGGUGCAGAGAACGCACACAACGCCUAUAGAGCAAUGGAGACCGAGCACGACUCUGCAAAGAAGUACGCCCAAGAGUAUACAAGCCUCAUCGAAGACGACAAGGAGAACACGCCAUCACGUCCAGCCAUCCCUCGUGCGGACAGCGUUGUGUCGACCGCAACCCUCGUCACAAUGCAGUCGUCUAGUGAACGCCCCGUCCGCGUCAACCCCUCUCGAUCAAACAGCGAACUUUCAUCAUACACCACCACAACCACCGUCUCCAGCACAACAACCUGGUCGAACUCGAACCACGGCAGCAACCGCAGCCCAUUCAACCGCGACCGCCAACAACACAUGCGCACGAAAUCCGGCCGCUUCGUCGCCUACCGCCCCUCGGACGCCUCCCAAGCCGAACGCUCCCGCGCCUUGAGCCUCGCCCGCCGCUCAACUCAACAAGCCGCCACGUCCAGCGCCGAAAACCUCGCCGUCCCACCUCCGCGUCCCGAGCUGAAGAAAUCCAGCUCCGAGACGCUCUUCGACCGUUUCGGUGGCGGCAUGCAGUAUGGCUGGGACCGCGACUCGGGGAGUUUCGGGGGUUCGGCGGGGAUGAGGUCGAGUGGGGAGGUGGGGAGGCAGGAGAAUCGCAAUCGGAAGAGUGUCAAGAUGAGUGAGGAGUUUGGGUUGGAUUUGAGUGAUGUGCCGGUGUUUUUGAGGAGGGGGGAGACGUUUUCGACGGCGUUUCAUGGGUAG